ACAGCGCGUGAUAGUUGGAUAAAUGUUUUGGAAAUAUAACAUUGAUUUUGAAAAGUGCUUACAAUAGUAAAAAGUGCAUAAAUAAGUUACAAUAUUUAAAUAAAGAUGUCAAACCAACAAAAGCUACCAUCUACAAAAGGAUUACUAACAAUGUUCGAGAAUGCCAAUGCUAGUGUAAUGGCCACGGCCCUUGUUUCAUCCUCCGUAGAGACUAAGCACAAUGAGGGUAGCACUACCGACGGAUUGGUUGUGACUCCGGGACAUGAAUCUGAUGAAGAUAUUUCGGAUUUUUCUUCCAAUGAUAGCGAUGGAAUGGAAGAAUUGCGGUAUUCAUCGGUCGACGAGAAAAACGACACUAUUAGCUUAACUACAACGGGAAGAACCAGUUCCUGCAGUCAACUCAACUCGCAUGUAACAUCCCCGAUUAUGCCGGUCUUGGACUUGGCAGGCACGAAACUUGGAAUUGGAGGAGGUUCGGUCGUACGUAAGAUGUUUACCAACACUCGGGAACGCUGGCGUCAGCAAAACGUUUCGGGUGCAUUUGCCGAGUUAAGGAAAUUGGUGCCGACCCAUCCCCCCGAUAAGAAAUUAUCCAAGAACGAAAUACUCCGAAUGGCUAUCAGGUACAUUCGCUUGUUGAGCAACGUUCUUGAGUGGCAGAAAAAGCAAGAAUCUGUUAUUAAAGCAUCGGACAUGCAAACAGAAUUAUCUAAACCACACCAGACGAAUGGUUUGGGGAAGUCUACACAUCAAUACCAUAGUGGAAACAAUGAAAAUCAUUUCACUGGAAAUUUUCGUAAUAACGGGAACAACUUGCUAAUGGUGGUUCCAAAAACAUUUAGUAAAAUUAAUCUUUCCCAAAAAUGCUCUACGGAAUACAUCAACGGUACUAACAGCUACCGUGCAAUCAAAACCGAAUCUUCAGAACCAUGUAUUACAACUAUCGAAAAGAUCAAAUUGGUCAAUAAACUUUGUCCAUCGGGUAAGAUCGGGAGAAAUGGAUUGAAGAAUAGAAGAAAAUCUAUUCCGCUAGCCGCCAUCGGGGAAGGACUGAAGGCCGAUUUGGGAUACAAUGAAAGAAGUAAAAUCGAAAGCGAGAUUAAACGGGAGAUUAAUUUAUGUCAUGAUCAGCGACAACCGCAACUGAUGAUGGAAACCGGAAUAAAGGACGAAAAACGUGAAGAGAACCGUGGUAGCAAAAAAUCAAAACCUGAUUUGGAACAGUUCGAGAACGAUAACACGAAAUAUUAAUUAAUUCCAUUUCGAAAGAAAUUUCUACUGCAGAGGUAAUCAAAUUAAUCAGUCUAUUCCACAUUAUGAUGGAAUAUUUCUUCGUAAACACAACCUCCGUUUGAAAUUCGUUCGAAAAUCAGCAAAAACGAAGCAGAAAAAUAUCACUUAUUUAGUUCACAAUUCCGGAAUUAUGUUCCGACCUGCAAAAAUCUAUUGACAUUCAUAACACUGGGAAUCGUGUCGCACGUGUUCACUGUUCGCACCCUCUCGUAAAUCUCAAAAUCAUGGUAUUUAUAUUGACUUAUCCUGCAAAACUCAGAUAAGCGCCGAACCCUUCCGUUCCUUGUCGGAAGCAGGGAAAAGAGCAACAGUUAUAAGCAAGCAGCAAUGUCUGUGGGAAAUUCUAACCGGAGUGUGAAAGUCAAUCCUCUAAUCCCGCAAAUUAAUUUCAAAUGAUGCUUCUUGGCACAUGGCCUGCAAACAUUAAUUGGAUACCUCAAUGCCCGCUAUCGGUCACGUGUCUGAUUGGCGCUAAUAGGAUAAAGAUUAGUUUAUUUUUAUUGAAGUAGGUUGAUCUCACCUCGCGGUGGAAUAAAUUGUUCAGAUUUGUUGUCAAUCAUGCGAAAGGGAUAUUUUUAUCACAACCUUCUGCACGUGUCACCACACGUUGGCAUACAAGGACGAUAUUACCCACUACAUGAAUGGAAAGUCUCACUUAUACAUACGCUGCGAUUUAUGUGCAAUAUUAAGAAAAAAGAAGUAUGCAUUCAUUAAUAAAAGAAGUAACUCACCAUUGGCCACGCCUUCAUGAACUUAUUCACGGCACUCACUGAUGACAACCAAGAAGAGAGGUUCAUUUGCUAACUGAAUAAAUUUUUUUCAAUCUCUGAUUUUUUCUUGGACAUCGUAAUACCUAUAUCCGUAAGCGUGACACAUAAGAAAGGAUAAUACAAUCUGAUAAAAACUUUUAACAAAUGGAAAAUUGACCCAUGUAUAGAUUAGCCGAAAUGAUAAAUAAAGAAUA